GCAAAGAGUGCGGGAGGGGGGCGAGACAACUGACGAGGUGAGGGGAAGUGAGAAUCCUCUUGGAUGGUGGGUCAACAGAUAGACUGCGAAAACCAAGAAAUAAAUUGUCAGCUUAAAAUACUCAAGGAUAUUGUUCCACCUUGUUUUCUUCCCUUCAUCUUCUGAAUAUGUUGAAGGCCCUGGCAGGAAUCUGUUUGCUUCAUCUUACUACAAUUUUCUUCCUCUUUUGGGCAACUAUAGAUGAUGCAUGGUGGUUUACAAGGACCCUUUACACAGACCUGUGGGGAAGAUGGGUGAUGGAGAACAAUGACGAUGUUUGGGUGUACAUGGACAUACCCACCUCUUACCGGAAAGACUAUCUGCAGGCGGUACAGGCAUUUGCAGUGCUGUCCUGCCUGUUUGCUGUGAUCUCUCUCACUGUGUUCAUAUUUCAACUCUUUACUCUGGGUAAAGGAAAGCGCUUCACCAUCUCCGGUGUUGUGCAACUCAUCUCCUGUUUCUGCAUAAUGGUGGCUCUGUCAGUCUACACUGAUCAUUUUCACAGAGGUGAGAAGGAUGGGUGGUAUGGCUGGUCUUACAUCAUGGCCUGGUUUGGCUGGCUGCUGACCCUCUUCACGGGAAUUAUGUAUAUCAUCCUGCGCAAGAGAGUGGAUUAAACUUUAGCCCUCGCCCCCAGUGCAAAUCUUCAGCCUAGGUUAUUCUUUUGUCAUGCAAAAUUUACUGUAGACUAUGAAUUAUUGUUUUACUUCAAAGUCUAGGUGCAGUAAGUUACGCAUAAUGAGUUGUCUGAGAUGUUACAGGUCUCGGUUAGAAUUGUCAGAACUUGUACAACUAAUGACAACAUCUGCAGCUCAUUUUGCAAAACUUAAAAUCUACCAAUGAGAAACGCUUUACUCAGCAUUUGAAGAAACAUGGCCAGAAAGGUUUAUUAAACAAGAAGAUAAAUGUUGGAAUACAGUGGAUUGUUUUAAUAAAGCACUGAGGGCAAUGAGAGGGUCUGAACACACUUUAUUGUGUGGGCUUAUUUUUUAAGGAUGGUCAAGAUGUGAAUAUAUAGUAUAUUCAGGAAUGAAAUGUAAAAAUGUAUCUAUAAAGAGAAAGUUUUACAUAUAAAGUACAUAAAUAUAUAUAUAUAUAUAUAUAAAUGUUAUGAGAGUGUAGUUUUAAACUUUCUUCUGAGAGUUGAAUGAUUGUUUCUGUAGAACAUCACGUGCACUUUAAACUAGAUACAUUAUGUCAGAACAAACAUACAUAGGUUUAUUUUGGUUCGAGUCAAACUAAUAUAAACCAAAGUAUAUUUGUUCUGACAUAGAGUUGUGCUCAAAAGUUUGCAUACCCUUGGAGAAAUGGUAAUAUAUGUACCAUUUUUAAAGAAAACAUGAGUGAGCAGGCAAAACACAUUUCUUUUAUUUCUUAUGGGAUUCAUAUUCAACAGUAGAUUAUAACAGAAUGGCACAAUCACAAAACAAAACAUGGCAAAAAAUAAAUACAAAUAAAAAUGAAAUGACCCCUGUUCAAAAGUCUGCAUACCCUUAGUUCUUAAUACUGUGUAUUGCCCCUUUUAGCAUCAAUGACAGCGUGCAGUCUUUUGUAAUAGUUGUCUGUGAGGCCCCAAAUUCUUGCAGAUGGUAUAGCUGCCCAUUCAUCUUGGUAAAAUGCCUCCAGGUCAUGCAAAGUCUUUGGUCGUCUUGCAUGAACCGCAUGUUUGAGAUCUCCCCAGAGUGGCUCGAUGAUAUUAAGGUCAGGAGACUGUGAUGGCCACUCCAGAACCUUCACCUUUUUCUGCUGUAACCACUGGAGGGUCAACUUGGCCUUGUGCUUAGGGUCAUUGUCAUGCUGGAAAGUCCAAGAGCAUCCCAUGCGCAGCUUUCGUGCAGAAAAAUGCAAAUUGUCUGCCAAUAUUUUCUGAUAACAUGCUGCAUUCAUCUUGCCAUCAAUUUUCACAAGAUUCCCCGUGCCUUUAGAGCUCAUACACCCCCAAAACAAUAGUGAGCCACCACCAUGCUUCACAGUGGGGAUGAUAUUCUUUUCACUAUAGGCCUUGUUGACCCCUCUCUAAACAUAGCGCUUAUGGUUGUGACCAUAGAAUUCUAUUUUGGGCUUGUCACUCCAAAUUACAGUGUGCCAGAAGCUGUGAGGCGUGUCAAGGUGUUGUCAGGCAUAUUGUAACCGGGCUUUUUUGUGGCAUUAGUGCAGUAAAGGCUUCUUUCUGGCAACUCGACCAUGCAGCUCAUUUUUGUUCAAGUAUCGUCGUAUUGUGCUCCUUGAAACAACCACACCGUCUUUUUCCAGAGCAGCCUGUAUUUCUCCUGAGGUUACCUGUGGGUUUUUCUUUGUAUCCCAAACAGUUCUUCUGGCAGUUGUGGCUGAAAUCUUUCUUGGUCUAACUGACCUUGGCUUGGUAUCAAGAGAUAAGUGAUUGAACAGUACUGACUGGCAUUUUCAUGCCUUUGGAUAUCUUUUUAUAUCCUUUUCCAUCUUUAUAAAGUUCCAUUACCUUGUUACACAGGUCUUUUGACAGUUCUUUUCUGCUCCCCAUGGCUCAGUAUCUAGCCUACUCAGUGCAUCCACGUGAGAGCUAACAAACUCAUUGACUAUUUAUACACAGACACUUAUUGCAAUUUAAAAAGUCACAGGUGUGGGAAAUUAACCUUUAAUUGCCAUUUAAACCUGUGUGUGUCACCUUGUGUGACUGUAACAAGGCCAAACAUUCAAGGGUAUGUAAACUUUUGAUCAGGGCCAUUUGGGUGAUUUCUGUUAUCAUUAUGAUUUUAAAAGGAGCCAAACAACUAUGUGAUAAUAAAUGGCUUCAUAUGAUCACUACCCUUAAAUAAAAGACAGUUUUAUUUUCAAAAUCAAUGCCAAAAUUUUCACAAUUUCUGCCAGGGUAUGCAAACUUUUGAGCACAACUGUAUGUUUGUUCUGACAUUAUGUCUCACACUAUGUCACUGUAUUUCUUUUCAAUGGAUUUUUGUUUUGUUGUAAAUGGCAAUAGCACAGGAUAGUGCCUUAGAAGACUUUUAGGGGGAUUUUUUUUUUUCUGAAAUAGUUUUGCCCUCGCAAUAGAUUUACCAUGGUUUUACUAUAGUAACCAUAUUUUAACCUUGAUAUUCCCAUAGUAAUAAUACAGGAAAAUGAAAACUAUGGUAAAAAAAAAAAUAAUAAUAAUUUUGUGGUUAUGGUUUGUAGUAAAACCAGUAACCACUAGAAUUACCAUGGUUAAUCUAUAGCAAAACCAUGCUUACUACACUGAUACAGUAUACCAUAAAACCAUGGUUUCCACCACAAAAAACAAAAAAAACAACUUACUUUUUAUAGUUACUACAAUAUUAUUAUAGUAAAAAUGUGUUUCCACCAAAAAACAAAA